AUGAAUGUCUCACGCCCAUCAGAAACACAUAACCACACAAAUGGUGUAACAAAUGGCUCUAAUAGCGGUGCCUCUAAUGGCGUUGCCACUGGUACGACAAGCGAUCCCACUCCGGGCUUGAGAUAUGGCAUGUUUUCCAACUGGAAAACUCAUUCGUCGAAGAAGGACCAUCGUGAGGAAGCGUUGGAAGUGAUUCGAAAUGGAUUGCCCAAGAUGACCAGAGUCAAGGCUGUUCUCGGCCUGGAUAUCGGUUUGGACAGUGGUCCAAUCUAUAUCGACACACGGGAGGAGCCUCGCAUCCUGCAGACAUUUGACGGUGAACCUGAUUGCCGCGUAAAGAUUAAGCCGCAUUAUAUCACUGCCUUCGCUCAGGGUCAACUUGAACCACGGUAUGCUCUGUUCAAGGAUGGCUUCUUCGACGAAUCGACGCUGCCAAAAGGAGAUAUUAAGGUGGCCGUCAAAUUCGCUGACGCCCUUUGCCCCGUGGACCCAGCGAAUCCUGUACCGCCCAAGCCUGGCGCCAGGUUGCCGAUGCCAACAGAGGACAUCGACCAGGUUAGGCGCGACCUGAAGGAGUUCGGCUAUGGUUUGGUGAAAAAUGCCCUGACUGCAGAUCAAGUGCAAAUUUUGGCGGAAGCCAUUCGUCAACAGGGACGCGGAGAGAUUGAAGCCGGUGUUGCGGCCAGGGAUGGGGGCCCAAACGCCCCUAAUCAAAGGAUUUGGACGUUGAUCAAUAAAGGACAGGAGUUCCUUGAUUUGCUAGAGCAUCCUCUGAUCGAUGAAGUCAUUCCAGAAAACCUGGGCGAACACUUUCUGGUCCACAGCUACAGCGCCAAUAUUGCACGGCCAGGCAACGUACCGAUGAUGUUGCACACGGAUCAGGUUGGCAUCCAACCGCCUGUCCGGAGCGUGUUCUUUGGCAUCAAUAUCAUGUGGUUCCUGACAGAUGUCACGGCAGCGAACGGUGGAACUCGAGUGUUUCCUGGCAGUCACCUCGGUCCCAUUGCCCCAGACGAUCCUUUCAACAUAGACGGGACAGUUGCGGCGGAGGGACCGGCAGGUACAGCACUCGUCUUUGAAAGUCGACUCUGGCACGCCACAGGUCCAAACAAAAUGACGAGCGGGGAGCGGCCGGUGAUUCUCAUGUUUUUCAUGCGUUCGUUUAUAAGGCAACAAGAAAACAACUUCCUCUCAAUCAGGCCCGAAGUCGAAGCAAGUAUGUCGGAUCGAGUUCGAAGGAUGAUGGGGUGGUGUACAGAUGGGGCAUUUGGUGGCAUCGAGGGAGAAGUCAGAGAAGGACAUUUUGUCAAGAAGCUGGCGCAUCCGGUCGGACCUUUUAGGGACUCACAUCGAUACACGCCGUUCCGGAUGGAUAUGAGAGCCAAAGGUGCCAGUGGUGUCCGCACUGCCGAGCUAAUUGGAAACCAAGCAAUGUAG